AUUUGUACCAGACAGGUUUGAAAUUAACGUGGAUAAAAUAUACUAUUAACUUAAUGUGGAUUUACACAGCAGUUUGCUGUGUCAAAACGUGUUUUGGGUUGUACCCCGCUGUCCCGUACAGUCGUGUUGAGUGAUUGUUUGCAAACCGGGCGGAGUCGUGUUCUUACUGGAGCUUCUUCCCUCGUGGGAUCGGAUUUCCAUCGUGGUGUGAAACAGGUCUAUUGAGUCUCGCCUCGUAACAUCAGCGCAGUUUGAAAAGCGAGCGAUCAAGGAUGACAUGCGAUCAGGCGGAGCGACGGAGAUGCGCUGCUGACACGCGAGUCGCGCCCCUGACCGCUGAACAUCUGAUCCUCGAACAUCGGAAGGAAGCGCGAAGGAGCCGCGAGUCCGCAGCUGCCGCCGCCGCUCGUGUCGCGGACGCUCCGCGGUUCGUAGGAGGAUCCCGGCUGCUCUUAUGGUUUCAAGGCAAACCAGGAAUUUGUGAGGAUUUCCGGGAUUUGUGAGAAGUUAAGGCUCCCAUUACUUCAAAUAACCAUGGUUUUACUAAGACGCGUGAUGCUGUGCUUUCUGCUCCUGACACUCCACUGGACGACAAACACUGUAGCGCUGCAGUCAUCCACGCGCGCUGCUGCCGUCCUGAAGGAAGAUGGCAGAAGGCCCUAUAUUUACCACUGCCGCUCGCCCAACAUGGAGAUCUUCACCUGCUGGUGGCGUCCGAUCGAUAGUCAGGACAACGUCACCUACACACUCCUGUACACCAUAGGUCAGCGCGCAGUGCGGGAGUGUCCCGAUUACGUGAGCGGCGGCGUCCACAGCUGCUACUUUGAUGCCAAACACACUCAGAUCUGGGAGAUGUACUGCAUGAACGUGACCGCGCACACCCGUACGGGGCCCGUCACCUCUCAGAAACACUGCCUGGAUGUGGUCGAUAUAGUGGAGAUCGACCCGCCCUUUAACCUGACGUACGUCAUGCUUAACGAGAGCAUCGGUGAAGUCGGGCGCAGCAUUUUGGUGUCCUGGUUGUAUCCGAUCGAGUCUCUAGUGAACGAGGGACUGAUCUUGCUCGACUACGAGCUGCGCUACAGAAACCUCGCUCAGACAGACAACUGGAGGGUGAUGGAGCGUUUGCGCGAGCCUCAUGUGGAGUUGUUGGAUCUGCCGGUGGGAAUGUACGAGUUCAGUGCACGCUGCCGCUCCACCAGCAACAAACACUGGAGUGCAUGGAGUGAAUCCAUCAUCGUCACCAUCAAUGGCAAAGCUCUGUCCGAACGGAUGUUGGCCUUGAUUCUUGUGACCAGCGUCGCCAUCAUGGCCUUCCUCAUCAUCAGUUUGGGUAACGUCCCACAAGGCAAGAGCAGGAUUAAAUCGUUCUUCCUACCACCGAUUCCCAAACCGCGCAUCCCAGGGCUGGAACCCGCUCUGCUGAAGAAAGGGAAAAUUGACGAGAUCAGUUGUCAUUUCUCCAGUUUUCACGGCUAUAAGUCGCCACAGUACAGCCCAGAGACAUGGUACCAGGUGAGCGUGGACACGUAUCCUGCCGCAACGCCCAGCAAAGCCCAGUCUGACCGUAAACAGGAGGAUGUGCCGAUCACACCGAUUGCACCAGUUGCACCAGUCACGCAGUACGUCACCUGCCCUGACGGACAACAGUCGGUUCAGAAAAGCUGCAGUCCUGCGCCUUACUGCCACAGCCCUGCCUCCUACUGUGAGGAAAACACACCUCCUCCAGACCCUGGCCCCGCCCACCCAGAGCUCACAUCUGUCCCGGGUAUGGACUACAGCAUGAUUCUAAACCCCACCGCCAAGCAGCCGUCCACUCAGGACUUCUAUACACGUGUGAGCGGCACGACGCCUGCCGGGACGCCGCAUCUGGUGUCCUGCCUGCCCGACACGCCCUACCUGCAGUUCAAAGAGGGAGAAGAUGACGACGCGGACAAAAGCAGCCAGCUGGCGGCGCUGCUGGAAAAGCAGAUGGAGGGACUGUUGAGUGCGAUUGAUUCAGACCCGAGCAAAACUGGUAUGCCUUUGCUACCUCAUUCAUCAGACAGGAGCUGCAGAAGCAUCUAAUAACACACACACAACGUACAAUCACACACCAUACACACACACACACACACACACACACAGUCUGGUUUAUUAUCUUUGUGGGGACUCUCCAUAGGCGCAAUGGUUUGUAUACUGUCCACACUGUAUUUUCUAUCCCCUUACCCUAACCCUACCCCUAACCCUAACCCUUACAGAAAAUGUUCUGCAUUUUUACUUUCUCAAAAAAUCUCAUUCUGUAUGAUGUAUAAGCUUUUGUACCCAUGGGGACCGCAGGCUGGUCCCCACAAUGUCAAAAAUUUCAGGUUUUACUAUCCUUGUGGGGACAUUUGGUCCCCACAAUGUAGCAAAAACAAGUACACACACACACACACACACAAACAGUCCAUGAGUCGUGCAGUCUGUGCUAGUUUGUCUUGAUGGGAAACGUGAUUGGUGUUUCAGUUCAAGCUUAGUGCAUUCACAUGUAAACACCUGAUUCACAGCAGCGUCAGCAGCGCAUAAUUUAACACUGCACAUUUUAAGAAACGAGGCAGCACAUCAGAUCGAUCCCGGAGCUUCGCAUUAGCAGCAGCGCAGCAGGUGAGUCUAGUUUCACAACGCUGCUUCUGCUCAACUGAAGUAACAGCGCACUGAUGUGAACUAAUUAAACAUGAUUUUAAUCAAAUUCAUUGAAUUUAGUUUGCAAAAAAUUGUAGAUUUGAUAUGAAUUAUAUACAGCAAAAUCCAAAGUGGUAAAUUAACACUGCUCAGGGUUUAUAUAAUCCACAUUACAGAGUGAUAAAAUUAACACUGAAGUAGUGGUAAAAUGAAUGAGGUAAUGAACCUCUUAAGCUCUGAACUUCCCUGCGGCCCCACUGGUGGGUCCAAAAUUGCAUCAUCACAGUUAUUGUAAAAAAUUAAUAAGUUAAGGAGCAGUGAACUAGACAAAUAUGGUAUUAUUUGAAAGCUUAGAACCUCAUCCCAUCACUUUUGCAUUUAUGUGACAAAGAAAUAACAGAGAAUAAUUAUCAAAAAAAAAUCACAACGAUGGAAAUUAUUUAUGUAAACAAACAAACAAUUAGGUCACAUUUCUGCUCCAAUUACUACUUCCAUGUGGCCAAAAACUUUAUAUCUGUUCUUAGAUUAGGUUAUCUUUAAAAUGAUAAAUAAUGAUUAGGAACAUAAUCAUCACCACCCGAUGACUUGUGCUCUUUGUAAAAGUCUGUUAUAGUUCAGUUAUAGCAGCCAAAUAAAAUAUAAUAUUAAAAAGUAAAGUGUCAAGAGACCAACUAAUGUAAACACUGACCACUAUAAUGGUGACAUAAAAAUUAGGAUUUUCUUCUUUGGUGAUUCUGCUUAUCUUCAAUAAUGAUCAGUCAUCACUCAAUGAAUCUCUUAAUUACCUCAUUAAUUUUAAUACUGCUUCAGUGUUCAUCAGUUUAUCACUCUGUAGUGUGGAUUAUAUAAACACUGAGCCAUCUUAAUUUAACACAGGAUUUUGCUGUAUAGAAAGUCAUGUAAAUUAUUUAGGUACCAGACAGAUUAAUUUUUUGUCUUCAUGUAAAUAAGAUUUUACAGGUGAUUAAUGACCAUUGUAGGUCAUACUAAAUGAUAUAGUCAGUUAACUAUAAAUCUCUGCAUAGAUGAAAAGACACUUUUGGUGUGAAACAGACGGGAGUCACAGUCGCACUGUAUGUCAUACAGAGAGCGCAGAUGACUUGCAGGUCGGUGUGGGUGUUCAUGCUGAAUGCUUUUAGUCAGGACAGUCGUGGUGUUUAAUAAAUGAAUGUGAGGCAGUGAUCGACAGACUGUUGUGUUUCACAAUGAUCCUUCAGCUGGUGAACAUCAAGCCCCAACACUGCCCAUAAUCAAACACACCUGAUUCAACUCAUCAGCUCAUUAAAAUACACUCCAGGACCUGAAAUGGGUGUGUCAGAUAAGGGAGACAUCCAGAAUGUGCAGUGCUGGGGCACCCAGGAGCAGAGACGCUCUAGACCAGUGGUUCCCAACCACGUUCCUGGAGGCCCUCCAACACUGCACAUGUGCAUCUCUCUUUUGUCUGACAUUACCGUUUCAGGUCUUGGAAUCUCUACUAAUGAGCUGAUGAUCUGAAUCAGGUGUGUUUGAUUAAGAUGACAUGGAAAACAUGCAGUGCUAGGGGGCCUCCAGGAAUGUGGUUGAGAACCACUGCUAGACAGUCAGGAGAAAGAAGCAUCCAUAAAUCAGCAUAUAAACAGACCUUGAAGCCAAAACAUGAGUGUUGUCAGAAUCUGCAGUUUGUUGGAUGAAAUGAGAGAGAGAGAGAGAGAGAGAGAGAUUAUCGUAUAGAAGAGAUCAUGUCACAGACUCCAUGAACAGAGCAGGAUCUCAGGUCCAACUAGAAACGACUGAAAUGAGUAAAUAUAAGGAAUGAGCAAUGUAAGAAACACUGAUUCAGACCGUCACAAUCUUCAUGUCAUCGUCAUUUCAGACCAAACCGCACAGACUGCGCCAAAACUCAGGGACUGCACUGUAACACACACACAAAUCGAGCUUUAUCACAAGAGAUCACAGGGCUGAGGCCUCUCGCUCGAUGGGUUCAGACUGGACUUAAAACGCACACUCAGACGUUAACAAUCAGAUAAUGCUGGAACAUUUUUGAAAUAAUGGACAGAUGAGAGUCUGCUGUCCGCUCACUACACUGUGAUCCUCUCCCAGUGUCCGAUGGGUAAUCACCCUUCUGUCAGAUGUCUAGAUGUACUUCUUAGGGAUUUUGUGAACAAGAAGCAUUUCCAAGCUAUGAAUACAAAAAUACGCACACCAAGACACACUAUUAGCGCGUCACGAGGUGAGUGUGCUGAAUUUCAAAUGCUGUCAGUUAUAUGCAAUGAAGCAGGAAUGGGAGUCCCAUCAGGACUGAAUUCUAAAGAAGCUUUGUCGAAACACAGGUAUAUGAGUUGCUCAUUGACUGAUGAUGAUGUAAUGAAUGAGGAGCCACAUGACACAAUCCCAUUAGAGCAUUUCACUGAUGCAUCCUAGUUUAUUGAUCCUCAAAUGUAUGAUAGUGAGGAAAGCUAAAUGUUCACUGUGUUUAUAAGCAGCAUCAUCGACGGACCGAAUUCAGUAGUUCAUAACGCCCUCGUAUUGCGUGUAGUUUAUUUUAUUAAAGUAUGGCACUUUUUGAAUAUGGUAAACUCAGGAGUUUCUAUUGAAAGCAUUAGACACAAAUCCAUUUUAGUAGGUUGAACUAUUAUUAUCUUACACAAGAUUAACACAUUAAAAGUUGAUCGUUUGUAUCUCGUCAAAUGUUCAAGUGACAGAUUCAUUUAUGCAAAAGGUUUGUGUGUGUGUGUGUGUGUGUGUGUGCGUUUGUAAAUGUGCCUUUGCUUUGAUCAGUUUUGUGUAAUUUGUCUGUGUAAUGUUUAUUGCAAGAACUUAAAAUCAGAAAAAUCAGGGUUUUAAUCGUGUUGGAUGCGUAAGAAAUUUGCAAUCGUGUCUGUGCAGAUGCAGCACCUUCGUUCACUAUAUGCAAGUAACACAUUCAUUAAGAGUGCUGUUAAAAAAAAAACUACUGAAGAUUAGAAAAACAUUUCAUGGUCAACAACAUUGCUGUUUUUUUUUAUUUAUUUUGAUUUGUUUGUUCUUGGCUAUGAAGAAGUGUCAUAUGAGCUCUGUAAAAAAUGUCGUAAAAGUGUCGUAGAGAGAGACAGAGAUGUUACUGUAACGAGAAUCUGUGUGUGUGUGUGUGUGUGUGCGCAUUAGAGAGAAACAGUGUUGAACAAAUAACUGCUUCAAACUAAUUUCAGUGUCAGUUCAUGUUGUCAGAAACAUUGCCUCUUAAUUUUCCUUUUUGUGGUGUGUGUCAUGUCUGCGCCUCAUAACUUGUGUGGGUCAAAAGUUCCGAUCAAGUGCAGAUCAGAAAGUGCAGAUCAACUAUAGAAACGUUACAAAGGUUCUGAUAUAUUAAAAGAGAUAUUUAUAAAGUAAUAAAUAUGUCAGUUUUCACAGAAGUGAGGUAUAUAUACUAACUACAACAUGUUUUUGUGCAUUAUAUUAUUUUUGUGUGCUUUCUGCAAGUGUUUGUUUCUCAUAUAAAUGUUGCCAUUUGUAGAAAGUCACAUUCCCAUAUGGUCAA